AUGUGGAACAGGGACAAGUGUGGAGCACACCUGCGCAGGAAUGAGGGGAGUGUUGACUCCACUGAGGUGGAGCUGAGGUGUGUCGCCAAGAUAGCCCGGGCCGAUCCUCACCCCAUCGCUCAAGAUGUCUCCCCCCGCUCGGCCGCCACCCACUAUUGGAUCCUCAUGUCUUAUCAGAUGGCCGCCUCACAGAAAAUCUUUCACGAGCUCGCCGUCUCUUCAACCCACCGCAUCUCCCAGAAUGCACCCCUGUCCCAAGCUGCCUCAGCCUCCUCCCUGGCCCCCACCUUGGCCUCGGCCUCGCCCCUCCACCCUGGUCCCUGCCCUCUCCGUAUGCCUCUCACCUGCAGUGCUUGCGGAGGCUCCCGGAGUCGACUCCUGUUCCUGGUGGUGUGGUUAAACCUGGUGCCUCAGGCACACGGCUGCCCUGCCAGAUGUGUGUGCUACAGCGAGCCGAGGCCCACGGUGGCCUGCCAGCAGCAAGGACUGUCAUCCAUCCCCACCGAGAUUCCCGUACGGAGCCAGCGGAUAUUCCUUCAGAGCAACAAACUGACGGUGGUCAGGUCCACCAGCUUCAGCUCCUGCCACAACCUCACCGUUCUCUGGCUGUACUCCAACAACAUCAGCCACAUCGAGGCCGGGGCCUUCUAUGGGAUGGAGAGACUCGAGGAACUGGAUAUCGGGGACAAUAACAACCUGCGUAUCAUCAGUCCCAUGGCUUUCCGGGGCUUGAACAAGCUGCACACGCUGCACCUGCAUCGGUGCGGCCUUUCGGAGCUCUCUGUCGGGGUGUUCCGGGGGCUUUUCUCCCUCCAGUACCUUUACCUGCAGGACAACAACCUGCUGGCGCUGCACAACGACACUUUCAUGGACCUGGCCAACCUCACGUAUCUCUUCCUGCACAACAACAAGAUCAAGACGGUGUCGGAGCACAUGCUGAGAGGCCUGGUCAGCCUGGACCGGCUGUUGCUCCACCAGAACUGGGUGGUCCACGUUCAGCCGAGGGCUUUCAGCGACCUGGGCAAGCUCACCACUCUGUUUCUGUUCUACAACAACCUGACCGUGCUGACGGGGGAGACCAUGGAGCCGCUGGUGUCGCUGCAGUACCUGCGCCUCAACGGGAACCAGUGGGUCUGCGACUGCCGGGCCAAGACCCUGUGGGACUGGUUCAAGCGCUUCAAGGGUUCGAGCUCCGAGCUGGAGUGCGACGUUCCCGCCGUCCUGGCAGGGAAGGACCUGAAACGCCUGAAGAGCAGCGACCUGGAGGGCUGCGUGGAAACACCUCGGGUCCACACCCACCUGUUUAGCUCCAAGACAGAUGACCCCCUGGGAGAGUCCCUUCCCAGGUGUUGUCUUCCCGACAACGACAAGUCCUCCAUCCUCUCCGGAAAAGCUAUUCCCGACCCGUCGUCCUACAACAGCCGCCAGAUCACCAAUAACCCCCUGAAGGAGAAGGAGAACAUAUCCAAGACCAAAUUCCGGGAGGCGGAGAGGACGAAAAACGAGACCCGGAACAAGCAGAGUUUGAACGACGGGCCGCUGGGGACUUUGUCCAACGACCUGGAUCAGCUGAACCCAGAACUGCUGAACAACCUUGAACCUUCUACAGCCCCAUCCAAGAAGAAGAAGAAGUGCGUCAAAAAGCCCAAAUCGGACGCUCACUGUCUGAGAGGGGGUGGGUCGACGUUGCAGGUGCUAGGCUGGUUCGUCCUGCCCUUGCUCUGGAUGUGGCUGCCGAUGUCUUAGGACCGGAGGUCCUUCUCUCACAAGUCGGACUCACAGAUUGUUCAUGCCCAUGACAGUGACCCAGGAUUCGCAGUGACCCUCCACAACAGUCAAGGGACUGAGAAAGAGGAAGUCGCGUUGACCCGUCAGGGGUAGACUCACAAAAAUAGGAGAAGUUAAGAGUACAUUUAACAAAAUGGAUGCCUUUACAGAACACUUCAGCUCUAAUGUAUAUAACGAAUUGGUGCCCAAAUUUCUGUGUUCCGUAUGUACUGAACUGUGUCGUGUCUAAGCUACACUUUGAAGUGUGUCAUCUUUGUUUUCCCCUCUCAAAAAGCUUUUAAGACGGUGACUGCACGGCCACACACCGGAAAAAACACAGGAAAUGAGAGCGUCGAACGCACACGAGGAAUGUCUUGUGGGCUGUUUGUUGAGAAAGAUCUUCAUUCCCCAUCGUUUAUUCAAAAAGUGAUGCAUAUGUUGGGUACUGUUAUGUUUUUUUUUUUUUUUUAGUUUAUAAGUACUUAAGUAAAAACAGACGUUUGAUCUCCCUCAAUAUGAGUUUGUUUUUCCUCACAGUGUGGCCACGGGCGGCGGGGAGAAAGCUGUCCAUUUGUUCACUCGGA